ACCAGACUGGGUGACCAGCGAGGACUUUCGUCUUGUGGGACCCCUUGUCACAUCCUGCUUGGGAGUGCUUCUAAGGUUGUCGUUCCAGGAACCUCGACUGCUAUGGGAAGCAGGUGCCUGUUGCUACUCUCUGGUCUCAGUGUCCUCCUGGCUCUGUCAGGAUUGGAAGCAAAGAAGGCUGGAGUUUCCUGUCCUCCGUGCCAAGAAAAUGCUAACUGCCUCAAUGGCAUCUGCGUUUGCAAAGAUGGAUUUCAGUCUCAGGGGUCCUCUCAGAAAUGUGAAGAUAUUGAUGAGUGUGUGACUGGGCGGGCAAAGUGCAAGCAGAAAGCAUAUUGCAGAAAUGGAAUUGGAAAUUACUACUGCAGCUGUAUCCCACAUUAUCCUGUCUUAAACUGGGUGGCUAGUAUCUUUACAUUGAAUCAUGCAGAAUGUUAUGAGGAUGCCAGAAAUGAGACACAGGUACCAGGGGACAUUUGGGAAACGCUGAGGAACAAUGGAAGCAAAAACUACAUUGCACAACAGGCAACCCAACUACUUCAACAUGUAGAAUUGACCAUAUGGAACAAGAGUUUUGUUUCUCCAGGAAAGCAUGAAGAUUCUAUAUUUGACAUAGUUUAUGAAACCAAGAAGUGCAAUGAGACAAGUGAGAAGACUGUUCUAGAAGCUGGAAACAACACAAUGGAUAUCGAUUGCCCAAAUGCUUUCAAAGGAACCACAAGAGAUAGGAGUGCAGUGGCGCUUAUCACUUAUCGAUCUCUUGGGGAUGUUCUAAAUGGAUCCUUUUUCAGUGAUAGAAGAGGGAUAAAGGAAGUCAACCUGAACUCUCAAGUGAUAAGUGGCUCCAUUGGUGCGGAGGAAAAAGUUAAUCUAUAUAAACCUGUGCUCCUGACCUUCCAACAUACUCAGCCAGGUGGUGGGAGGAGAAAAUAUUUCUGUGUCUACUGGAAAGGAUCAAAGGAUGGGGGCAGCUGGUCGACGGAGGGCUGUGCUCACUUGGGCAGCAACGAUUCUCACACCCAAUGCAAGUGCUCCCACCUUUCCAGCUUUGCUGUCCUCAUGGCACUUGUUCCCAAGGAUGAUCCGGUGCUGACCAUGAUCACCUAUGUGGGGCUGAGCCUCUCUCUGCUCUGCCUCCUCCUGGCGGCCCUCACCUUCCUCCUGUGUCGAUCCAUCCGGAACACCAGCACCUCCCUCCACCUGCAGCUGUCCAUCUGCCUCUUCCUGGCCCACCUCCUCUUCCUCGUGGGGAUUGAUCAAACUGAACCUGAGGUGCUAUGCAAGGUCAUCGCAGGUGUACUGCAUUACCUCUACCUGGCCGCAUUCACCUGGAUGUUCCUCGAAGGGCUACAUCUCUUCCUCACUGUCAGGAACCUCAAGGUGGCCAACUACACCAGCGCAGGCAGAUUCAAGAAGAGGUUCAUGUACCCUGUAGGCUACGGGGUCCCAGCUCUGAUUGUGGCUGUAUCGGCAACAGUAGGACACAAGAAUUAUGGAACAUAUACUCACUGCUGGCUCAAACUUGAUAAAGGGUUCAUCUGGAGCUUCAUAGGGCCAGUAGCACUCAUUAUCUUGAUAAACUUGGUGUUCUACUUCCAAGUUCUGUGGAUUUUGAGAAGCAAACUUUCCUCCCUUAAUAAAGAAGUUUCCACCAUUCAGAACACCAGAGUCAUGACAUUUAAAGCCAUCUCUCAGCUGUUUAUCCUGGGAUGUUCUUGGGGUCUUGGUUUUUUCUUGGUUGAAGAAGUUGGGAAGACCAUCGGAUCGAUCAUUGCCUACAUGUUCACCAUCAUCAAUGUCCUACAGGGGACGUUGCUUUUUGUGGUACACUGUCUUCUUAAUCACCAGGUGCAGAUGGAAUUCAAGCAAUGGUUUACUGGGGUGCGGAAAGGGGUUGAAACUGAAAGCUCUGAGGUAUUUCGCUCUACUACUCAGGUCAAAAUGGAGAAACUGGAGAAGUCACCGGAAUACUUUUGCAAAAAAGACUCUGCGUCUAUCCAGCCACCGCCUGGGCCUCAACUUAUUAGUGUCUCUUGGCUCAAAACAGACAACUGAGCUGCAUGUGGACUGCGCCCCUCACACGUGUGGAUGGGACCAACGCCACUGUCGACUUUUCCUGUGAGAAUGAGUCCUGACUGAUUUCCUCAUCUUGGUUUCUCUCUCCAUAGAAAGAAAGGGACACCUGGGAGAAUUCUUAGAUCCAGAAUCCAGUAUGGUGUGUCAGGGGCAAUCAAAUGGUUAAGAAAUCCUUUUUAAUGAUGAGAGAAAUAAGUGGAUUUUACUCUGCUAGAUAUUACCAACUUGCCUAUGACUGACUAACAUCUGGAUUCAGCUUACAGAUUUUCCUCUGGCUUCUCCAUUGCAUUUUAUGCUCCCCAAGAUUUUGCAUCUCUGGACACCUGCAUAAUUCAAUAAUUCUCAUAUGAAGUAAUAUGAAAAGAGGGUUUCAUGCUUGGCAAUGCAAAAAUGGGACACCACCGGUCCCACUUGGGGUGAAUUGUCUCCAGGAAGAAUUUCGUGGUCAGAACACCAGCACUUUCCCCCAUAUUCUUUCCCUGAAGACUUUUUUGAACCUACCCUAUUCUCUGAUUAAGUAUAAUUUUGUUUUCUUAGUUUCAUCUCUGAAGGAAAGUUACAGGGCUCAAAAUAGCCUGGAGUUAAAAUUCCCCUCCAGGUCCUCCCCACCAUUCUAUGCAAAACAAGGAACUCUCUCACUCGAAGAAAAAAUGGACAUUAAGGGGUUGAUUAUACCCAGCUCCCAGCUGGUCCAGCCUCUGGCCGAUCUCCAAAAUUCCUUGCCCCAGCCGUUUAAGAGACAACUGCUUCGAACAACCUCGGAGAAGAACAGGCCCCCUUAAGACAGUAGCUUUCCACAUGCAUGCCUAUAUAUACUUACUCUUUUCUUGGGUAAGUGCAGGAGCUCACUAAUCUGACUGCUGCCCCUUCUUGCCUCAUUAAAGGU